GGCGGUGACGUGACCCGCAGGCGGAAGCGGAAGCGGGACCGUGCGGGCGCGGCGGCGGUGGCGGCGGCGGCGGCGGCGAUGCUGUCGCUGGACUUUCUGGACGAUGUGCGGCGCAUGAACAAGCGGCAGCUGUACUACCAGGUGCUGAACUUCGGCAUGAUCGUGUCCUCCGCCCUCAUGAUCUGGAAGGGGCUCAUGGUGGUGACGGGCAGCGAGAGUCCCAUCGUGGUGGUGCUGAGUGGGAGUAUGGAGCCUGCUUUCCACAGAGGAGAUCUCCUGUUCCUCACGAACCGAAUUGAGGAUCCAAUCAGAGUGGGAGAAAUUGUCGUCUUCAGGAUAGAAGGAAGGGAAAUUCCUAUAGUCCAUCGUGUCCUGAAAAUCCAUGAGAAGCAAAAUGGAGACAUCAAAUUUCUGACAAAGGGAGACAACAAUGCUGUGGAUGACAGAGGGCUCUACAAGCAAGGGCAGCACUGGCUGGAGAAGAAGGAUGUAGUAGGACGAGCAAGAGGAUUUGUGCCCUACAUUGGAAUAGUGACUAUCUUAAUGAAUGAUUAUCCAAAAUUUAAGGAGCUUGGUAAGGAGCAGAACACCCUAAGAGUAGACUUGGAACUUGUGGAAGGAGUUUGGAGGCUUAUGGGCAAGGGAUCAUCCACCUGGAUUUACCAAAGGCAUUUGGCAAGGUCCCUCAGCAAAGGCUCCUGAAGGAAGGAAGCAGCCCUGGAACAGGAGGUGAGAUCCUUACAGGGGAAAUUGUUUGCUAAAAGGCAAAGAACAAAAGGGAAGAGGGAAGAGACUGGGUAAUAAAAGAGAUGAAGUUUAAAUGUGCAUAAAUAUGAAAUAGUGCACAGGGAGAAAAACCAAUUUUAACUCUAUUUAUGAAACAACGGGUUCCAAGUGAAGUGUUACCAUCUGAAACAUUGGGCUUGUUACAGAUUGUGCUGUGAAAAUGUGAAAAUGUCAAUUCUGUGGUCAGCAGCCAUCCAGAGCAAACUGUGUGUGUCAAUUGCUGGGGAAAACAGAACAAAACGACCCCUGCUCCCUCUGGCUGCAGGCAGCUGGAGAUACUGAGGAGUCCUGGAGCUUUGAGGUGUUUUAGGUGGGAAGGGACAUUCCUGGAGGGUGGGGGCUGUGCAGGGCUGCUCUCACCCAGCCCCAGAGGGUAAAUCCUACAGAGAGGGGAGGGGAUCUCUGUGCAGACCCUCCUCUGAGGGUCUCUCUGCAGAUCCUUGAGGAUAUCACCAUUGGCAGCUGCCAUUUUCCAAGGAGUCACCUCUGGGGCUGCCAACAUCUGCAUCACCUGGGAAAGUUGGUGUGCUGACCUCUGCCAGCAAAACUGAUUUAUAAAGUAGAAUUUCUACAGCUUUUUUUAAAAUAUGUAAGCUGGGAAGAUUCCCUUGGAGACUGGGAAGGUGAAUCUCUGCUGAGUUGGAGAGAACAAGUGGCAGAGAAGCACUGCAGUGUCAAUUCCUGCCUGGAAUGCUGGAAGUCCCAGCAGGCUCCUUGCUCUGAUCCACUAAACUGGGAGGGAAAAAAUCUACCACAAACCCCACCAGGAUGGUGACCAAGUUCUGGAGCUCAGGUCCUGGUGCCCUUCCCAAGCAGGUCCUGGGUGCCAGUUAUUUUCCCUAAAAAUAGGAGCAACUCCUUAGUGAAGACUGGAAAAUCCAGAAAAAAUUAGGUUUAUCUGUUGGUGUCUGAGGCUGGUAUUUACCAAGGCUGCUGUGGAGGAAGGAAUUGCUGUUCUGCCUGGUCACAGCCCUGCUGCUGCUCAGUGAGUGCUGAAGCCUUUCACCAGCUGUUUUCCAGUAAAGCCCCACUGGCUGCCCUGAGUUGUGCUCCCACUUGUAGCCUCCAACCCAUCCCUGAGUAGCUGUUCUGGUGCUUUCCAGACUUGAAUCAGGUUAUGGGCUCACAUCCCCCCCCCACACACCAUGAGGUCAAGCCUUGGUACUCAGCAAUUAAUCUGACAUCCCCUCAGUUUUUGAGGGUUUAUGGUGGCACUGCAAAAGGGCAGGAGCUCCCUGAUUUCCUUUUCCCAGCCUUUCCCAAGCUUGCUUAGCAGUGCCACUGGGAUGGAAAAUACCUGUUCCUCUGCUCCCACCCUGGCUGAGGUAACAGCAGCUGAAAAAGAAGGAACAUCUGGCUGCAUUUGGUUGUGCAUCUAAUUAGAGCAGUGCACAAGCCUUCAUCCUGUUUGAAACCCUGCAGCUACCCACUGCUCAUCCCAGUCCCUGGGGUUGCCUGUGAGGAGCACUGAAGGAGUGGGACUUAACCCUGCCACGCUUCAGUUGUUGCCAUAAUUGCCCAGGGCUCUUUCAUCUGCCCUCUGUAAUUGGGAUCACUUUAUCCCUGCCUUCAUCCUCCCUAAUCCUACAGGUAACCCUUCAGCUUGCUCUCCCUCCAGUGGAGGAUUGCUGCUCAGCUUUCCAAAAAACAGGGGAAAGAGAAGGAGGGAAGGAGAAGCCAGACUCAGCUGUGCCAGUGCAGGAUCUUCCUUCACAUUCAGCACUUUUCUGGACCUCCCAUCCUCCUCCUCCUCCUCCUGCCCUUCCUACACCCCCACCUUCUCCACACACCCCAAAUUUUCAUCACUCUGGCCACCAUGGGUGAGUUUAAAACUGUUUUGAAGAAAAGGCUUAGGAUAGUGUCCAUCCAUUUCAAGCUGUGUUUUGUCAGUGCUGUGAAAAACACCAAUCAUUUGUUUUGAAAAUUUUAAAAGUUUAAUAAUAAUAAAGUGGUUAUAAAAAUAGUGAUAUAACUAGAGUAAUAAAAAUUUGGACGAUUUGGACUAGGACAAUAUGAGACAAUAAGAGCAAAGAGUUAUGGACAGUCUGGGUACCUUUUCCUGGGCAAAAUAAGCCCGAAAAAGUACACACGUUAACAGAGGAUUAACCCUUAAAAGCAACAGCCUGUUGCAUAUUCAUACACCUCAUACAUGAUGCAUAAAUUCCAUUCAAACAAAGGAUUCUGUCUGGUCAGUGUCAGCUUCUUCCUCUGGACCCUAAAGGUGUCUUCAGGGCUGAGCGAAGCAGGAAGAACUCGAUGAGAGAGCAAUAAAUUCUUUUUCUCUGAAA